AAGAUAGACUCACAGGAAUCUGGAAACAAUUCAAGUACCCAACAUCCAUUGAAUUAUACCAUGCCAGCUCAAAUCCUAAAUGGUGUUCAUCCAAUGACUUUUCCAUUUCAACAAAGUCUUUUGAAUGCUCUAAUGUGCAAUACUCAAACUCGUGAUGCAACCAAAGAACGAAAGAAGAGAGAAAAAGAUACUCAAAAUCAUACCAACUCUCAAUCUUCGAUUGCAAAAAAGGACUGGUCAAAAGAAGAAGAGAUUGUAUUAACAAAAGCAUGGUUAUAUGUUUCUGAGGAUGCUGAAGUUGUGAGCAAGUUUCAUGCACAGUAUAAGCGUUUAGAACGGCAUCCACAAAGUGGUUCGAACUCAGAUGAUCUGAGAAUAAAUGCUAUGCGGUCGUAUGAAGAUUUAGUCGGUGCUCCAUUUAAAUUUAUCCAUUGUUGGAAAAUUUUGAUUAAAAAUCCUAAAUGGUGUUCGAAAGAGCUUACAAAGACGGCGGCUACAGGACGUAAACAAGGAGUUGAGCACAACAAAACAACAAUGGUCAAUCAACUAGAAGGCAACAUUAAUGAUUGUGAUGUUAUUUCUGAUUGUACCAAAGUUGAUGGCGUUGAGCGACCGCAAGAAGAAAAAGCCUGUAAAGAGAGGAAGAGAAAACUGAAUGAGGAAAAAAGUGUGGUUGAUGCAUCGAGCAAGUUGCAGUCACAUUAG